AUGUACGCCGUACAGAGUGGUGGACUUUAUUAUAUUGCAGAUCACUCUUUCCUAGAUAGGAAUAUCAAAUCAGGUGAUACUACUUGUCUUCAGUAUCACGUGAUAUUCAUCUUCAUUCGAACUUUUCCCAAUGUAAGUAAGCUUAGCUUCCCCGGACUGCAAGAUCUUCAAGCUCCAUCAUCCCAAUUCGGACUAGCGUUAGGUGCCCUCUCAAACUCUCACCGUCGGGAUUUCUCAGUGCCACGAACAUCAUCCGCCAACGACCGUCGAUACGCCGACAUCAAGAUGGUCAACCUUACCACCCAGAAGCGCCUCGCCGCCUCCGUGGUCGGCUGCGGCAAGCGCAAGAUUUGGCUCGACCCCAAUGAGAUGAACGAGAUCUCCAACGCCAACUCUCGCCAGACCAUCCGCAAGCUCGUCAGCGAUGGCCUGAUCAUCCGCAAGCCCGUCACCAUGCACUCCCGUGCCAGCGCCCGUGAACUCAACGAGGCCCGCCGAAAUGGCCGUCACCGCGGUCUGGGUAAGCGCAAGGGUACCAAGGAUGCCCGUAUGCCCAGCCAAGUCCUCUGGAUGCGCCGCAUGCGUGUUCUCCGUCGUCUGCUCGUCCGCUACCGCGCCGCCGGCAAGAUCGACAAGCACCUCUACCACGAGCUUUACCACCUGAGCAAGGGUAACACCUUCAAGCACAAGCGUGCCCUCGUCGAGCACAUCCAGAAGGCUAAGGCUGAGCGUGCACGCGACCGUGUCCUCAAGGAGGAGAUGGAUGCUAAGCGUGCCAAGAACAAGGCUCUCCGUGAGCGCCGGUUGGAGCGCAAGGAUGCCAAGCGCGAUGCUCUGAUCAACGAGGAGUAA